AAUCCACGUGUUUUGGAAUUUUUUUUUUUGGUGAUCCAGAAAAUCUGAUGAUAAUAAAUGAUGGCUGAAUUAUUCAAAAUUUUACAACCAUUACAAUUUAUACAGACCAUUUUGAAUUCUGGCAAAAGAGCUGAUGGUAGAAAAUUUGAUGAAUCUCGUCAUGUAUUAAUCAGUUGUGAUUGUGUUACAAGUGCUAAUGGUUCAGCAUUAAUUAAAUUCGGUACAUCAUCGGUUAUUUGUGGCAUUACAACGUCAUUAGUAAAACCAACAACAAUCAAACCAGAUGAAGGUAUUAUUGAAAUCGAUGUACGAUUUUCGAAUACUGGUUCAAAUGAAUUAGAAAAUCCUGAUCGUACAACAAUCAGUGGUUAUGUUCGUGAAUGUGUACGAAAAAUUUUAUCGCAUUCAAAAUGUAUUAAUCUUAAACAAUUAUGUCUUAUACCACGUAAAUAUUGUUGGAAAAUAAUGUUAGAAAUUAUUUGUUUAAAUAUGGAUGGUUCAAUUGUUGAUCUAUCAUUAUUGGCUUCAUUAGUUGCACUGAAACAAUGUAACCUUCGUAAAUAUGAAAUCGAUAAUGAAUUUGAUUUAAUAACAAUGACAAAUGAAUUUGAAAAAAUUAAUAUACGAACAUAUCCAAUGCUUUGUACAUUCGUCAUCAUUGAUAAACAUUUACUUAUCGAUCCAACAAUGAAUGAAGAAGAAUUAUCCAAUUCUAUUAUACGUAUGGCAAUCGAUCCAGAUCAACCUUCAGAUAGUGAUUGUAUUUAUUUAUUAGAAGCUACCGGUUCCUGUACGAUCGAUGAAAAUUUACUUAAAAAUAUUCAUAUGAAAACAAUGAAAAGAGCAAAAUUUUUACGUUCGGUUAUGAUAAAAUAUACUGAAAAACAACAAAAUAAUGAUGAUGAUUGUCAAUUUGAAACAAUGCAAUUAUAAAUGAAUAAUAAAAUUCUUUUGUAAAAU